AUGAUGCAUUUCCUCCCCAUCAGGCCAACGUCCAGGAGGGACUUAUGCAUCAUCGGAGCAGUCUUCAUCACGAUUGUGUUCGUGCUGCAUAAACCAUUCCUUGGCCAUAUUCGGAGCACCUCGGCUUCGCCUAGCUUGAUAGCCGAUAUCAACAAUACCACACUGGGCUUUGAAAAGAUUCUGGUUGUCGGCCUACCGAGCCGAACAGAUCGCCGAGAUGGCAUGAUUCUCCAGGCCGCACUCAGCAACAUAGACAUCGACUUCAUCGACGGUGUUCCUGGCAACACCGUCUCCGAUAAAGCAAUCCCAAAGACGACCGAGCACGACCGCUUGAAUGACGGUGCCAUAGGCUGCUGGCGCGGUCAUAUGAACGCACUGGGAGAAAUUGUUCGUCGAAACCUGUCUUCGGCCCUCAUCCUCGAGGACGAUGUCGACUGGGACAUCAGGAUCAGGUCACAGCUUCACGACUUUGCCCUCGCCACCCAUGCGCUUACUCAGCCCCUGCUGGAAGCACCCUCUUCUUUCGUUGAUUCAACAUACCCAAAGCCGUCCGAAAACUCCCCCGGAACGGUGCCGGACAUUCCUUUUGACCAUCUUCCUGCCACUGUCCCGCCCACUUUCUCGCCUUACGGCGACGAUUGGGACCUCUUGUGGAUCGGCCAUUGCGGCAUGCAUUUCCCCUUUCCCGACAGGAGCGUGCCCAAAGCCCGCGUCAUUCACGCCAAUGACGUGACGGUCGCUCCGAAGAAGAACCUGUGGACCUUCAACAUCCCUUUCACUUUGAAGGAGAAGUACCCCGAACAUACCCGCGCCGUCCAUCAUGUGCAGGAAGGCGUCUGCACCCUCGGCUAUGCCGUCAGCCAGAAGGGAGCGAGAAGGCUGUUGCAAGAGGUCGCAUUGAAAGACGUGAGCGAUGCUGUAGACAUCCUUCUGAGGUUCUUUUGCGAAGGCGGCAAGGGACGCAAAUCGCACAACUGCUUGACGUCACAGCCUGCGUUCUUCCACCAUCAUCGCCCGGCCGGUCCAAUGAGUUCUAUGAGCGACAUCGGUAAUCAUGACGGCUUCAGGGACACCAGUAUGACCGAUAUGGUGAGAUGGAGUGUGAGGCUGAAUGCGGAUGCACUUUUGGAAGGAAGGACGGACUUUGUCGACCAAUACCCAGACGACAAGUGA